GCCGCUGCCGUGCUCGGCACAGGGGGAAGGCGGCCGCGGAGCCGGGCCGGGCCCGGAGCGAGGCCUCGGCGGCGAGCGCAGCCCCCGCCGCCAAGGAGUUCCCAGGGGAUAGCAAUUUCCUGCCAAAAGCCAGCACCAGCAAGCUGCACCAGACCAUGCCAACGGAUGCGUCCCCUGACUCCAAGUGCCCCAUUUGCUUGGACAGAUUUGACAAUGUCGCCUAUCUAGAUCGUUGCUUGCACAGGUUCUGUUUCCGUUGCGUCCAGGAGUGGUCGAAGAACAAAGCAGAAUGCCCGCUCUGCAAACAGCCCUUCUUUUCCAUUUUCCAUACGGUUCGUGCUGAGGAUGACUUUGAGGAAUACAUACUCAGGCCUACGGAAAAUGGCUCUUUUGCCAGCCCUGAUGGCCAGAGGUUUCGUUACCGGACCACCUUAACAAGGGAACACGACGCCUCCUCUUACCACCAAGGCAGUUCCUCAUCUCUAAGGACAGUGUCCCCUCCGGAUAAUGGGAUUUUGUUCGAAGGGUUGUCAAGCCAGCUGGUUCAGCAGAGUGAUGGGGAGAUUCAGCAGAUGAUAAGGAGGCUGGCCUUGAGGAGACAGGCCAGCACAGAGGGCAGAUAUGUGGGGCACAUUCCGGAGGAGGAGAUGAUCAGCUUCCGCAGGGCCCUGUACCGCACGGGGAUGCGUGUCCGUAGCAUUCAGGACGGCGGCCGCUACCGAGACAUUUCAGCAGAGUUUUUCCUCCACAACGCCGCUUGCCUUCACAGGUUGGUUCCCUGGCUGAGGCGAGAGCUUAUAGUCUUGUUCGGUUCCCACGGGUCUCUGGCUACCAUCGUGCACCAUGUCAUUGUCAGGAAUAUCACCAGGUACGAUCUGGAGAGUCAGGCCUUCGCUGAUAGUUUGAAGCCAUUUUUGCUGAAUCGGACCGAACACUUCCUCCAUGAAUUCAUCAGUUUUGCCCGUUGUCCAUUUAACUUAGAAGCAUACGAUCACCAUGCCAAUUAUGACUGUCCUGCACCGUCAUAUGAUGAAGGAAGCCACUCAGAGUCGUCAAUCAUUACUAUAUCUCCCGAUGAGGUAGAUUCUCACGGGCCAGACCACCGUUCAUCCAUGACUGGUAUUGGCCAGGCCCCCUGGGAUGAUGAAACUCCAGGGCCUUCCUAUUCCAUUUCAGAUGAGGUCCGUACAAACAUGGCUUCUCCUCUGGAGACAUCAGAAAGUUCUGAUGAAGACUCUGCUGCAAAGAGAACCGAACGACAGACUCAGUUACAGGCAAAUGCUGACUCAAAUGACAGUGACUCUUCUUUGGACAAUUGUGUUAUUGUUGGGUAUGUUAAGCCACUAGCUGAGAGGACACCAGAACUGGUUGAGCUGUCCUCAGACUCUGAGGAGUCCAUCAGGGAGGAGAAAAGGGAGGAUGUGAAAAAACAGCAGUCAGUCCAGUGUCGUAGCUGGAGUGACAGCGAACAAAGCAGGAGCUCAUCACCACGCUCCCCUGUGUAUAAAGAGAAUGUAGGAAGCUGUAGGAGCUCCUUAUCCCCUGCAGUCGAGAAAACAGAGUUGAAGGAUGAGGAGAAAAACAAAGGUAAAGCAAAAGCUCUGUCUCCACAGGACUCGAUCUGGAGCCCCUCUUCGGAGAGGGACAUGAUGUGCUCCCCUUGCAAUCACAGAUUGUCCAGAAGGAGAAAGUCCAGGAGUCCGCAGUCCUGUUCACAGAACAGUCAAGGCAGUCAUGACCAUCAGUCUAGGAGGGAGCAUCACAGCAAACGCCAGCUUCAAAAGAGGCGAUCAAGAAGCAGAGAGAGCAGCAAACAUAGGAGCAAAAGAAGCAGGAGGAGGUCGAGAUCUCCUGACACUAGUGUCUCCCAAAAAAGCCAGAGAGGCUCCCUUAGUCGUGAGAGCACUACAUCCAGGGAAGUAAGCAGAUCACGAUCGCGUAGCAAAGGCCAUGGCAAAAGGAGAUCGAGGAGCAGAGACAGUGACCAAUGUCAUGUAAGAGACAGUUACCAAAGUAGAUACCACCGGGGUUAUGCUUUCUAUAGUCGAAAGACACUUGGAGAGGGCUCCUCCUGCAGGAGGAGGACUCAGUCCAGUGCUCGCUGUUCAAGGCAGUCUGCUAGUCCGGAGUACAGGUUACAGUCUUUUACUGAAAAGACAGAUCCGCACAGCCAGAAGGGACUACAUGAGAGACAUUAUUACUAUUAUGAACGACGCAGAUCAAGGAGUCGAUCAAGCAAUAGGUCAGGGACCCCGUCUGGAGGGGCUGACAGAACGAAAAGCGAAAAGCCCGGUGGGAAAAGGAAGUACAAAACUCGGCACUUGGAGAGUGCAGUGAAGGAGAGCACAAGUCUAGAGAGAGAAAAUGACCACAAGAAAAAUUUCUCGAAACUCAGCGACUGCUACAAAAACGAAGAUAGCCUUUCAGACAAUCAAGCAAGUAGUGAGACAAAGCAUAAGAAAAAGAGGAAGAAAAUGAGAAGCCCAAGUGUGGAGAUAGUCUAUGAAGGAAAAGUGACAGACCCGACAAAGCACACGAAAAAGAAGAAGAAAAAGCAUAAGAAGAAACACCGGAAACAUCACGUACAUUCCUCUCCAGUGGUGAUUACAAUUGAUAGUGACAGUGGCAAGGAGCCAGAAAGUACUGAAUGUGACAGCAGCGUUACUUGGACAGGCGCAACCAGGUUAAACGAGAGGGAAAAUGAGUCUCCAUCAUCUCUUCUGGGAAUGACAGGUUGUGAAGAUGUUUACAGAGUGAGCGAGGAAACUGGAGAAGCAGCCAAAAAAUACAGUAUUCCUACUGGAAGAAGAGACUUCGAUGGUGACAUUGACAUGAGAAAUGCUGAUGCUGAGCCUCAAGAAGCAGCUGGGAAGAGUCUGGUAGCAGAUACGACAAGCAGCAACACCACUCACACAGAAACUGUAAUUAGCUGUGGUCAAGGAGCACAAGCAACACCUUCCAGUCAACUGUCUUUACCCCAGUCUUCCUUACUAGAGUGUCCAGAGAGACCACCGUUGAUACUACGGCUGCCAAAGAGACUUGUCAACAGAUCCUGUUGGUCUGAGUCCCCAGAAAAAAACAUGUAGCAUAUUUUACACUGAAUAAUUCUUAAAAUUUUGAAUUUAAUAACUUUUUUUCAUCCUUGAGAACAAAGCACGUGAUGUGACUUGUGUGUUAAAAGACAUUUGGGAACUGUGGAAACCCCUUGAAUGUGUAUGCACUUUUACACUGGAGAAGAUAGAGCAUUGUUAGUAUGUAACUUCUGGGGUUUCUCAAAGGACUGCUCGAAAGCUAUAAUUUCAUAAAGCCAUCGUAUUUUCUCAUGGUAUGUAAAAUAUAUCCACAGAGUUAUUUCAAAGCUGUGUUUAAGAACAAAACACACAACAAAAGCAUACCAAAAGACAGAAAAUACAUUUUAUGGGGAUUGCUCUUCUUGUACCUUGGAAAAAUUGCUUAGUUCAUAAAAAAAUGUUUCUUGAUGUGUUGUAUUUUGAUUUGUGGGGUUUAAGCUGAUCUCUGCUGAAAAGCAGUUGGCAAUUUCUACAUAGAUCUUGAACAACACUUCCAGUAACAUAAAUUGAGUUAUGUCAAAAUCUGAAUAAAGCAAUAAGACUUUUUUUUUU